CAAAACUUGGCCCUAGUACGUAUAUAAACGAAGUAACAUGUAAAAAAUGAUUAGUUUUCAAUAUUAAGUGAGUGUGUUUAAACUGUAACGAAAGUAGUCCUCAAAUUUCUCAGAUAUGCGUGAACAAAUAGUAAUGGCGUCCUCCGUAGACGAGGAAGAGGUACACAGACACAGCGAUCUGAUGGAUUCCUGGUGGAGCCCAGAUGGUGCACUUUGGGGGUUGCAGCUGUUUAACAGCGUCAGAAUACCAUUCAUGGCAGAAGAAUUAUUAGCUUCAAGUGGUACAAAACUUACGUCGAAAUCUUUAAAGGGCAAAAAGGUUUUAGAAGUCGGGUGCGGUGGCGGCGUCGUUACGGAGGAGUUCGCAAAACUUGGUGCCGAGGUGACGGGAGUGGACCCUAGCCCUCUUUUAAUAGGUCUAGCAAAGGAACAUAGUAAGGUCGACGAAGUAGUUGCUGCCAAUAAACCGACAUACCUCAACACUACUAUAGAGGAACAUUCAAAACUGUUCCCAAACCACUAUGACGCAGUAGUAGCGUCGGAGGUGGUGGAACAUGUGGCCAAUUUAGACGUCUUUCUAGAAAGCUGCGUAUCGGCUCUGAAACCGGGUGGAAAGAUGUUCAUCACGUCCCCAAACAGAACUCGCCUGGCACAAUUCUGCAUAAUGGUUCUGGGGGCGCUGACGAUCAUACCAAUACAUCUUAUGACCUAUUCUAAAUUUAGGAAGCCUAGUGAAAUCUCGGCCAUAUUGGAGAGAAAUAACUGUAGAGUGGACAAAGUGAAGGGUUUGUUCUAUUUGCCUUUCAUACACAAGUUAAUUUGGGUGUUCUUCAAUAGCGUGUGGUACGCAAUGGCAGCUACUAAACAAGGACAUGCAACCUAAUUAUGCAAAUCAUGGGAAUAAUUUUGUUAUUGUGAUACCGUCUUUUGUUUUUGAUUGAAAACCUAUCAAUGUCAUAUUUAAAUUUAAUGAACAAAAUGUUUAAUUGUAUUGUUUUCUUAUAGCUGAAUAUAUGUAUAAUGAUAAACAACUAAUUGAUAAGCAAAUUGGGACAGAAAUAUAUAUAUUAAAUGUGACGUGCUAAAAAAUAAGUUGAUAUGAUCACUAAUAAAGAUAAGUUAAGUAAAUCAGGUUCGACCUUUUUUGAUUAAUAAAAGCUAUUUAAGAAAAGCUA